UAAGUAUUUUUAUUUAAGACGCGCUAUAUACAUGUACAAUGGCUGACAAUCUCAAUGGCCUGCAGAUCGGUCUGAUAUUUUUUUGACCUUUCGAAGUCCACUUGUGACUUGUCUAUAAUGCAAACCGAGUGACUAGCUAAGUUGAGUAUGAUUAUACAUACAAUUGCUUGUAAACCAGUCCUGUACAUAUCAUUUCAUAAUUUCGAUCAGCUGAUGUGCAAUUUCGUUCAUCGCUAAAUGCAAGUAAUAUUGAGGUGCACGCUUCAUGAAAAGGGAUAUACAUAAGCUAGAUCCGACAUUCGUUCAGUGCCAAUCUGCCAGUAUUAUGGAGAGCGAAAGCUGCCCACAGCUGAACUACGUGACAUUUUUUAUCCUGAGUGUAGUUGUUUCAGUAGUACAAUGUCAACCAAGUUCAGGUGGAUCCUCAAGUAGCUCCGGUUCGAUAAUUAACGGAACAGUUUUCCUGAACAACGGCGCCACUUCAGGAGUAAUCAACAAUCAGUUUCAGUCCCAGGCGACAUCCUUCAAUUCUGCCUCGGGGAUUUCUGCCGUGGUCAUCGGAUCAGCGUCCACUAAUGGUGAUUUUGCGCCAUCCAACUUCGAUAUGAACAACGCAAACAUUUACGCUAACAGUGGAUCGAAUUCCAACGGCAACGGACAGACCGGAAGUGUCUCCAAUCUUGACCACAGUAACACCUCGAGUGCCAAUGGUUUGGCAGUCAUUGGUCAGUCACAAAUUGUCGGUACUGGUACUGGACUAAAUCUCAAUUCCAACGCAAACGCCAAUAGCUACGCCGAAAGUAGUAACGUUGCCGACACUGGAAAAGGCAUAUCUCCGUAUACAUCCAGAAGUUUACACACGAACAACAUACGCCAGAAACCCGAUGCAUCGCUGGGUGCCAAAAGGACACGAAAUACUAACUAUCACAGUACAAAUGUUUUAAAAUCUAGACAAAAGCCACGUUGUUUAGAAUGCUGAUGUUAUGAAAUAAAAGUGUAAAAAAUGCAUUAUCCGGACAUAGCUGUGUACAGCCAUGAUAAUGCAAUGCAUACGAUCCGUCAUUAUACAGAAGUACCGCAUCGUGCUGUCGGACAAUUUGAAACACACUAUUAAACUAUUAAUUAACUGUGAAGCCAG